AACCCUCAGGCGAAUGUAAGGAAGGCGCAGAAGCAAAGGGUACAGGUAAAACCCCAAAGAGAAAGAGGCGCAGUUGCAAAGAGACGAAGUCUGAAGCUCUCACAACGAAAGGCCUCCAAGAAAUUCAAAACGAGUUUGCAGAAACUUAGAACAUCCCAUGUUCUCAAAUGGGUUUCUUUAUUGUGCACUGAGAAUUGCUGUAGCCCAUCAAAAUCCAGUCUUUAUGUGAGCGGAUCAUAUCAGCUUUUGCGACAUCUUAGAUUUUGUACAACAGGAAGUGAUGUUGGUUUGAGGAACAAUCUUGGUGAACUAGCAAAGAAAUCACGUGUUGUAAGAAGUGAAGCUCAGGCUGCUUUAUCCGAGUACUUCCAUUCCACUAGGGGUUUUCAGAUCACGGAUGCUGAGAAUAUGAGUAAAAAUGCCCCCGAGUUCUUUGAUAGCUUGGUGAAGAGAGUGGAUGUUCGUGAUGCCAAAGUUGGGCGCUCCUUGGCUCGGUUCUUGAGGUACCAUCCUGUCAAUGAGUUUGAGCCGUUCUUUGAGAGCAUAGGUUUGAAGCCUUCUGAAUACUUGUCCUUUCUUCCACGAGAUUUGAUGUUUCUAAAUGAUGAUCAAUUGUUGUUGGAGAACUAUAAUGUUUUGUGUAAUUAUGGCAUUGCGAGGAAUAGGAUAGGAAAGAUAUAUAAAGAAGAAAGAGAAGUUUUCCAGUAUGAAUGUGGAGUUUUGCAAUCAAAGCUUCGAUCUUUUCAGCAUUUGGGGUUAAAACAGUCUACUGUUGCCAAGAUUAUUGCUUCAAGUCCCCGUCUUUUGAGGGGAGAUGUUGAUCAGGAAUUUGUUGAGGUUCUAGCAAAAUUAAAGAAAGUAGGGAUUGAAUAUGAGUGGCUUGAGGAGCAUAUGUCUGAAGAGGAUUCUUACAAUUGGAAAAAUAUGCUUGAGCUCAUUUUCUUAUUAAGUGAGAUGGACUUGAGUGACGAGCAAUUCGGAGAACUGUUUAGACAGCAUCCUGAUCUAUUGCUUGAGUGCUCUGGACGUAUUACCUCUUGCUUAUUUGGGUUGUUGCUGAAAUUUGGAUCCACAAUGGGUGAUGUUAGAACUGCGAUUCUUCAGUUUCCCCAAAUAUCCGUCUCGAAAUUUACCAAUAACUUAUGUAAUUGCUACAAAUUCCUCAUCGAAAUUAACAUGGAUGUCCAAGAAAUUGGUAGGAUUGUUCGUCUGUACCCAACAGUGUUAGGUUCAUGUGAACUCAAAAAAGUUGACAGCUUAAUGAGCACAUUGAACUGCGGAAAGAACAGGCUCUGUCAAAUGGUCAAGGAUGACCCCUGCAUAUUAAAGAAAUGGGUUCUUGGAGUAAGAGUCGACCGGCUAGAAGAGCCAAAAAGGGUUCUCAGAGUAAGGAUGAUGAAAACAAAGUUUUUGUUAAGCCUGGGCUUUGUAGAGAAGUCAAAGGAAAUGGAAAAGGCUAUUAAAGUGGUUCGAGGCAAAGGAGUGGAACUUGAAGAGAGGUUCGAGUCUCUACUGAAUUUUGGUUUUAGUCGGGAGCAAGUCAUACAGAUGGUCAAAGUAUCACCCCAAAUUCUCAAUCAGUCCAAGGAUGUUAUUGAGACAAAGAUUGGGUUUUUUAUAAAAGAGUUAGGCUUGCCGGUCUCUGAUUUGCUCACUCAUCCAAAACUUGUUUCUUAUAAUAUUAAGAGGGUGAAACUUAGACUUUCAAUGUACAAAUGGCUUAAAGAUAAAGGAAUAGUUCAUCCUAAGUUGGCCUUAAGCACUCUCUUGGCAAGCUCCGAAAAAAGAUUUGUGGGGACUUAUGUAAAUGCUCAUCCUGGAGGGCCUGAAUAUUGGAAGAGACUGAAGAAAGAAAUAUAUUCUGACUGAAAAACAGUUUCUUUUUGCUGGCCUCGACAUUCUUGUUAACAGAUUGAUAUUGAAAGGCAUACUUCACCUAAGCUUCAUUUUAGAAGUCUCCUGCGCAAGAUGUGCUUUGUGUGAGCUCCUUUUUUCAUAUAAGUUCAUCCACCAUAACCUGGAUAAGGCAAACUAAACAUAAGAACAGGGAGACGCGACCAAACGUAAGGUUGCAGAGCAGAUGAAGCUCGUAUUUUGUCGAGCAGAAGAGCUCAUAGGGUUAGGAAAACAUAUCAGUAGAAUGAAUUAUGCGAAAUUCUUGGAUGGACCCGAGGAAACAUCGAUAAUUCUUAUCUUGAUUUCCAUAUGACAGUUUUGUAAACUAGUUAGGCAGAUAAUAGUGAUCUGAAUAGCAAAGGCAGCCAUCCACAUCAUCCAAGCAGAAAUGCACAUUGUGGAUACAAAUCUUACUUGGUGAUUGCUAAACUUAACAGAUGCAUUUAUUUCAUCUCUUGCUGAUGUCUGCAAGUUAUGUGGUUCCAAGUAAUGAGUUAUGAA